AUGCCAUACGCUCCAGAUAAUAGUAACCUUAUGCUUCCCGUAGCAUCACACGUGCACCAAAGCUAUGGAGGAUUUCAACAUUUUGGACCGGCAGGGGGAUAUCCGCCUCAUGCUACACCACCACAUCCGCCAACCUAUAAAUCAGAACUUCAUGAUAACCACGCAAAUCCUCCCCUCAUGAAUCAUGGUGGUCUAAUGCCCUCAACGACUCUUCCUUCCGUAAGUACCGUGCCUGUAUCCUCACAACCGGCGCUUUCUCCGAUCUCAUCACUUAAUGGAGGAAAUACCGGCAAUGAGUAUCAUAUGUCUCAUCAUAUUCAUCAACAUCAAGCCAAUUCUGCUACAAAUGCCACAACCUAUCACCAUUCUCCUCCUCUCGAACACGCUCAACAAUUAAAUCAGGAAGUUUCCAAUUACAGCAACACCGUUUCUCCUGUGAGCAUGCCCUCUCCUCCCUCCAGCAUUCCCCCUUCUCAAUCUAAUUUACGAUUUGAGAUCAUCCUUGAGGCUCCAACUGCUGCUGCUCAACGUACUGAUGAGACCCCAAUGACCUACCUCAAUAAAGGUCAAUAUUAUGGUUUUUGCAUUCAGGAUCAAGAUAAAUUUGAUGGGGAAUUCAUAACAACGAUUAAAUUAAUGUUUCAUGAUGAUACUCAUCGUAAAUUGGCCUCAACUUAUUGGAGUUUUUGGUUAACACAACAGACCUCUCCAAAGAAUGCGAGGGCUAUUGAUAUUGAUAAAGCUGCCUCAACAGGACUUAGUAAUGUAGAAACAAAGACCUUUGAUCGUAUACAAUUUCGUUGGCAUGGCAAGAAAGGAGCAAAGCUUUUUAUACGAUUUAGUUGCCUUUCUACUGAUUUUUCACGGAUAAAGGGAGUGAAAGGAAUUCCUUUAAGAAUUCAAGUGGAAACCAAGAGUGAUAAUGGUACCACUUGUUCAAUCUUGGAGAAAUCGUUUGCCAAGAUUAAAUUAUUUAGAGAUAAAGGCGCUGAACGUAAAAAUAAGGAUGAUCAGAAACAUCUCGAAAAGAUGUGUGAAAAGAUGAGAGGCAAAACACAGGAGACGACGCCUAUGAUCAUGAUGUAUGCGCCCCCACAUUCCGUGACAUUAUUUAAUGAGAUGGCGGGUACCAAUGAUGUAUCCGAUGAUGAUGAUGUGUUGAACCUUUCUGAAUCGUUAAACAACCUUGAAGAUGUUGAAGGAGGUGAUCUUAUACCUCUUCCCUUGGGUAAACGUAGAAGGUUUUCGAUGGGACCUGAUUUCUUGGAACCAUUGGAUUGUGACCCAACAUACAUUCCACAUUUAAGAAAACGACGAGCAGUGCUAUGCAUCUAUGUUAAGCUACCGGGCGAAUCUGCUUAUCGUGCCGUUUACUUGAACCACCUCACUGUUCAAGACCUUACGUCAAAAUUAUCUGAUAAACUCUCUGAGAAAAUUGAUCUUCAAGGUCAGCAGAUUUCAGGUGUUUUUAGGUCAACUAAACGAAACCUUACUGUACGUAUUGAUGAUGACACGAUUCAUCAACUUGAAGAUGAAACGGAUAUGGAAGUUGAUGUACAACUUAAUCAAGAUGGAACUUUUCAAUUAACGUUGAAUUCUCGUUCGAUUUCGUCGAUGCAUGGUGUAGCGGCGGAAGUACCCGACAAGUAUGAACUCGACGAUAAGGAAUAUGAUAGAAUAAAUCAACUAGCAGCAUUGCAAUUAGAAGCAGCAAAGGAGGACCUUGAAAAAAGUCAAGAUAUAAAAAAGAUUGAUACGGUAUCAAUAUUCGGGAAUAUGAAAGGAUUGGCCUAUUACGCGUCGAAUGAAGAGGAUCCAUACAUCACUCUCAAUGAUGAGGAUGACGAAAGCGAAGAUUUACGAAUUCUCCCGACCGAUAAUAUUUUGAUAGCUGCCAAAACUGAAGAUGAUGUCUCACAAUUGGAAUUUUAUAUUUAUGAAGAAGCUGAUGAUAAUCUCUACAUACAUCAUGACAUGAUGUUACCAUCCUUUCCGCUAUGUUUGGAGUGGUUAGAUUUUAGGUUAGGUAGAAAAUCUGGAACAGAGGGUAGUGGGAAUUAUAUUGCCGUGGGAACAUUUGAUCCAGAAAUUGAGAUUUGGGAUCUUGAUACGCUCGACUCAAUGUAUCCCGAUGCAAUAUUGGGUAAUCGAGAAGGAAUAAAGAAGAAAAAAAAGUCAAAAGUACCUAACGCUGAAUUCCAUACAGAUUCCGUCAUGUCUUUAUCAUGGAAUCGUCACCACAGGAAUCUAUUAGCGAGUUCAUCUGCCGACACCACCGUGAAGUUAUGGGACCUUCAAUCUUUAAAAUGCGCGCACUCUUUUACUCAUCACAAGGAUAAGGUUCAACAAGUUGAGUGGCAUCCAAUAGAGUCGACGAUUUUACUUACAGCUUCUUUUGAUAAGAGCGUUGCCGCAUUCGAUAGUCGCGCUCCCACGAGUGUUACAUUUUGGAAUCUCGGUAAUGCAGAUCCAGAGUGCAUUCGAUGGGAUCCAUUUUCACCACAAUACUUUUAUGUUAGCACAGAAGCUGGUUUGGUUUUAUAUUUUGAUGUGAGAAAUCCUGGUCAUGUCGCGCCAGUUUAUACUUUACACGCACAUGAUUCGGCCGUUUCAUCCUUUGAUGUAAGUCCUUCUAUUCAAGGAUGUAUAGUUACAGGAUCAACGGAUAAGUUAGUUAAGGUUUGGGACGUUAAAGACAUGAAACCGAAUAUGGUUACGAGUCGGGAUUUAGGAGUGGGUAAAGUUUUCGCCACACAAUUUUGUCCCGAUUCACCCUUUCAAAUUGCUGUGGCUGGUUCUGAAGGAAAAGUGUUUAUUUGGGAUUUGUCAAGCAAUGUUGGGAUACGUAAUUCAUUUAAAGGAAGGAAUAACGUUCCAUUUUUAAGCGAGUCGACCUCAAUAGAGAAAGAAUAA